AUGGCAAACAACGCGACUUUUAGGACUUCAAAUCUCUUCAACGUCGAAGACUGGGUCUGUGUAGUGACUGGGGGUGGAACAGGCAUCGGUCUCAUGGCCGCUCAAGCAUUUGCAAAUAACGGCGCGCGGGUCUACAUUACUUCUCGUCGCAAAUCAACGCUUGAGCAAGCCUUCGCAACACAUGGGCAAUCACUCGUCCACCCGAAAGGCGCGAUCAUUCCGGUUUCUGCUGACGUCACAGACAAAGCGUCGAUUGAACAGCUUGUAGCGGAAAUCGGCAAGCGCGAAUCACAUGUUGACGUGCUUGUCAAUAACGCUGGUAUUACCAAGGGAACAAGUGAAGUUGAGAAAGGCGACGAGGAUGCAGCCGCGCUUAGUAAAGUCCUUUGGGAUGAGGAAAUCGUGGAUUGGGAGGAUGUGUAUCGCACGAAUGUCAUAGGUCCUUUCUUCACAACAGUCAGAUUCCUCCCAUUACUUGCAGCGUCUGCUGGAACGAAGGCUGCCCACCGUGGUGUGGUCAUCAACAUCACAAGCAUGUCAGGAAUCACUCGAACAUCACAGCACCAUUUCAAAUAUAAUGUAUCGAAAUCUGCUGCAAUUCAUCUCAGUGCUCUACUUGCACAAGAAUGUCGCCGUACACAGGUGAACGUGCGCGUCAAUAAGUGUGUAUUAGUUUUCCAACACACGAUUGCUAUCGAAUUUCUAAAUGACGGCCUUGAUUCUAGUAUUGCUCCGGGAAUCUUCCCUUCAGAGAUGACAACUGAGGGUUCCGAUGAAACAAAUAAGUCCGAACUCCCUGUCGACGAGUCCUACGGCGCCAAGAAGGGAAUUCCUGCAGGGCGUCCCGGUCGGGAUGAGGAUAUGGCACAAGCCAUUCUAGCACUGGCCUGCAAUCAGUAUGCAUACGGUUCAACGUUCACGAUUGAUGGAGGAUAUUUGCUCGAGCACCCUUAA